AUGCCCGUGUUGCUGCUGUUGCUGCUGCUGCUGCUGCUGCUGCUGCUGCUGCUGCUGUUGCUGGUGCUGGUGCUGCUGCUGCUGCUGCUGCUGCUGCUGCUGCUGCUGCUGUUGCUGCUGUUGCUGCUGCUGCUGCUGCUGCUGCUUCAGAGCGGCCUCUAUUGCGCGGCUGUGCAGUGCCAAGGCCUCUUCAAGCGCGUCAAUGGCGGCAGCACAGCCAGCCAGGGACUCACGACUGGCGGGGCUCUCCUCAACACGCAGGCCACACGUGUGGCCGACACCGGCAUCAGCACCGCUGUCGUCUCUAGUGCAGCUGCUGGAGCGUUGUUCCAAGCUCAUGGCCUGGGCUGCUGCCUGCACCAGCGCGACACGCAGCAGCUCCAGGUCAGCCAGGCAGCUGCCGCACAGCUGUGCUUCCGCCAGCUCUUCACGACCAUGCAGAAGCAGCUCAAGGUAGGGGCCUGA